AUUGUGCCCCACGUUAUCCCGGGCCUUGUGCGUCCAUUGCACGGCUGACAGCGCUGAAUCCCCAAUUGUGCCGGUUUUGCACGGAUUCAGGCCCUGCAGCAACAAUGCUGAAGCUAUAUAGCUCGCAGCUGGUUCCUCACACCAAGGGUCUACAGCGCGCCCAGCCGGUCCCAGUCUCGGUGCUUGCCGUCCACUCGACGCACGCAAAUGUUGCGCCGACGGCGCCGCGCGUCGCUUCUGAGUGGCGGCACACCCAGUCUCGCCUUCUUUGCCGGAGCGCGGCGCCGUCGACCGGCGGCGCGACGAGUCCCGCUGGUACCAGCUCUGUACCCCCUCAGCUGGUCCCGCCCACCGACCCCAACUCCUACUGCGUGCUCAACUUCUAUCACCUGACACCCGUGGAGAACCCCCAGGAGGCCACGGAGGAGCACCGGCGCUUCAUCGAACGCAUGGGGCUGGACAUCCGCGGCCGCAUCUACAUCUCCAGUCAGGGCAUGAACUGCCAGUACGGCGGCACGCUGGAGCACUGCACCGCAUACGUGGAGUGGGUCAAGCAGCAGCCGGGCUUCCAGAACCUGCGCUACACGGUGUGGCCGUCGCCCGAGGGGCACGCCUUCCCCAAACUGCGGCUCAAGUACAAGCCCAACCUCAUCAGCCUGGCUGGCGGCAUGGAGGCGAUGCCCAUCACCGACCCCGCGGCGCGCGCCACACCCCUGGAGCCCGCGGCCUGGAGGGACAUGAUCGCGCAGGCGGAGGAGAAGAAGGUGGUGGUGUUGGACGUGCGCAAUGACUACGAGUGGGACGCGGGCCACUUCGUGGGCGCCGACCGGCCGGCGGAGGAGGUGUUUGCGGAGACGCCUGUGGGCGAGAGCGAGGCGGAGGUGCCGCAGCCGCUGCAGGGCAAGGACCCAAACACGCCCGUCAUGAUGUAUUGCACGGGCGGCAUCCGCUGUGACGUGUACAGCACCUUCCUGCGCCGCAAGGGCUUUAACAACUUGUACACGCUGGAGGGCGGCGUGCAGAACUACCUGCGGCAGGAGGGCGGCGACCACUGGAAGGGCAGCCUGUUCGUGUUUGAUGGCCGCAUGGCCAUCAGCGCCAACAAGGACGGCGACGAGGGCGGCCCCCUGCCCGCCGCGGUGCCGUGCCAGGUGUGCGGCUCGCCCGCCAGCCAGCUGCCGCACGUCAACUGCGCCAACAUCGACUGCAACGAGCUCUUCAUCGCCUGCGCGCCCUGCAAGGCCAAGCUGCAGGGCUGCUGCUGCGCGGAGUGCAUGACGGCGCCGCGGCUGCUGCGGCCCGCCAAGGUGGACGGCGGGCAGUACGGCGCCUGGGGCAACUACGCGGACCGGGACGAGGUGGGGCCGGUCAUCUCCACCGGCCGCAACCGCGAGGGCCGCGUGGCUCGCCGGGCGCGCCGCCGCGCCGCACUCAAGGAGAAGCGGCUGGGGCAGAUUGAGGAGAAGCUGUCGCGCAAGAAGAUGGUGCGCGAGGCCAUGGCGCGAGUGGAGGAGGUGGAGGCGGCGCAGCGGGAGAAGGGCGUUGAGCAGGGGCCGCGCAUAGCGUGCUCGCAAUGAGGGCAUGCGGGAGGUGUAAUGUAUACUGCUCGUGCCGUUGAAGUGGGGGGUGUAGGGGUCGGGCGGGUCAAGUAAAUGAAUUGCCGGGAGGUCGCAGAGCGGUGUGGCACUGAAGACGAUGCCAGCGAGCGGGGUGUUUACAUGUGCUGAAGUGCUAGGGGUGUGAAGUACUGGUGUGGCUGGCAACAAGGAGCGAGGUUGGCACGGACCAAUGCGACGGCAGGGGAUGCGACCGCCUCCAGAAGACUGACGUGGAAGAGUUGUGACUGAACUGAGGUGAUGACUUGAUGGCACUCAAGGUAUCGUAUUGCUCGGCGGCGUGUGUCGGACGAAGUCAGUAUGUUCAUGCCUCUCACACGCGCAAGGGCGCUUCAUAUAUGAUGACAGGUGUUGGGCGUCGGGGCGUGGUGCUGACCAGUGCGCAUCCCCGCCCGUAACCAAGUGGCACGAAUAAACUCCAGUGUUGAUGUGUCGCCUGCCGGGAGACAAUGAAGGCGACCCCGCACCGUUGGCCAGUCUGGCGUGCUCACAGGCGGGGUCGGGCGGGGUUCAGGGGUAACGUUGGCAAUGAGCAUGCGCUAUAUGCGCUUUCCCCGUAUAGCUAG